GAUACUUGUAUUGACGAUAAAUCAAAAUAUCACGAAGUCAAAGUGGGCUCCACUGGAAGAAGAACAUGAAGAAAAUGAACAUUACUGCUAAUCUAUUGUAGAAAAACGUGAAAAACUCAUUUAAGAAAACAUGUAAAAAAGAUGAAACUACCAGAGUUGACAACGACGAAGAAGAGAGCAAAAAGCACACGCAGCGCAGCAAACACAAAAAACACGACCAAGAGACCACGACAACUUCGACGACAACAACGACGGCUACAAAGUUCUUGGAGUGGUGACCACUGCCAGAGCGCCAGCGAACGUGUGCAGCUGCAGCUGAAGUUGUUGUAGUUAAUCUAAAGGAGGGUAGGCAGUGCUACUGGGACUGAGAGUGGGAGUGGGUGUGGGAGGUGCAUGUGCAGUAAGAGAGGAGCCAGCCCAUGCUGAAAAAUCAAUCGAAAACACAACCACAUGCUGUCCAAAAUUAACUAAACACAUACUAAAAUGGACAUCGAGAAGAUCUCCAUAGAUUUGGAAUCAAAUCAAACACACGAUACGGAGGAGGCAAAGCAAAAACUUGUUGAACUUUUCACACAGACUAAGGAACAAUGGCCCGUACGCUAUAUGAUGGACUACUUCAUCAAAACUGGCUCCACGCGCAUCAUGGAGGUGCUGGUCAAAGCUAAGCCACCUCACGAUGCCUUUAUAUUCGAUCGCCUGGACGAUUGGCUCAAGCAGCAACAGUAUCGUGUCCAGGCCUUGAAUGUGUUCUGUUUUGUUGUGCGGCGCCAUCCCACCUGGUUGCACAAAAUCGAGAAGCACCGUCUCAUUAAUAGCGUACUCAAACUGUUAAUGCACGAAAAGGACAUUGUGCAGUUGAUGAGCGCUCUGUUGAGCAUUAUAACGCUGCUACCCAUAAUACCGAAUUCGGUGCCAAACUUUUUGAACGAUUUGUUCGAGGUGUUUGGUCAUUUGGCGUCGUGGAAGCUGCAAAUCGUCAAUAAGCUGCCGGAGGAGAAGGUGCUGCAUCUGCAGCUUGGCCUGACAAUGCUGUUUCAUCGACUGUACGGCAUGUAUCCGUGCAAUUUCAUAGGCUAUCUGUCGGAGUUCAUUAAGAAGGAUAAGGCCGGAGGCAGUAUCUUUCAGCAUACGAUUAAACCAUUGCUGGACACGGUGCGCAUCCAUCCCAUGUUGCUGACGGCCACCAUCGAAACGGAGCUGAACAAUGCACGCUGGAAGGAAAUGGAACCGCAUGAUGUGGUCCUAGAAUGUGCACACUUAUCGCUGCCCGUGCUGCAUCCCGAUUCGACCAAUGAGGAAAUCAACUCCGCUUACAGCUACGGCACGCCCAGCUGCAGUCGCAUGGUAUCGGUCAACUCGAACAGCGACUCGCACACCAAUAGUAGCAGUCUGCUAAGGAAACUGCCUCAAUCGGACGCACCUGUCAAACGCUUUGAAUCUGCAGCAUCCGAGACCAUCAACACGCCGAUCUGGAGUCCCAUGAAUGAAAUAACCACUGCAAGCGGCGGCACAGCAAUACCGUUGACGCCGACGGCGCCGUUUAUAUUGCCACUGCAGCCGUCCAGCAACAAUGCUCAGCUACUCGGUGCGACUGGGUCGUCGCCACCGGAGGCGGCAGUGGAGGCCACGCCGGAGACAACGCCACUAAAGGAUUUGCGCGACUUCAAGCAACACCAACAGCAGCAGCUGCCCAACUCACAUGCUGUGCGCUCCAUUUUUGGCAACAGCCAGCCUUCGUCGCCACAGCGGAAGGAUCACCAAAACCAGUUCCACUAUCCGGACAUUAGCAGCAACGCAACUGGGAAUGAUUCCCUAACCAAUUAUACUCGUCGACUGCAGCUGGACAGGCAGAACCCACAGGCAGAGCUGCCCGAGCUGCACUCGGAGGCACUGCUAACGGCCACGCUGUGCACGAUGGGUCCGAAUACCGUGCUCACAUGGGAGACCAAGGAGCUGAGGAGCACCGUUUGCGGCGAAUGCAAUGAAACUGAUCGGAACCUCUGUAGCGAUGGAGGCCUCCACAUGCCCACCAGCCGCUCAGUGAAGCAGCUGGCGAAGGUGAAGCGACGCGAUCGCAUGUCCAGCUAUUGCUGCAACGAGACCAUCUUCUCUCCCAGCAGCAGCAGCGGCACAGCUCCCAAGUUGGCAAAUUGGAAUAGCGCCCAAGCGCAGCAUCAGAUGCGACGCAGCAAGUCGUGUUCGGCUGUGCAGAUCGUGCAGCAGACUGAGGAUCACGAGGAGGAUGACGAGGCCGAUUGCCCAACAGAGUUGCAGCAUAAGAAUGGCAAUGGGAAUGGGAAUGGAGUGCAUGUUGCAUGCGACAUCCGACCACAAAAGACUGUGCAGCUGCAGGCUGGAAAACUGCAGCGUAGCGAACGCAUUCUGGCCAUGGUUGCGCCCAAGUUCGCGAAUGCCUGCACACAAACGCUGCAGAUGCUGCCGACACACUACGAGGAUUGGCUGUUCGAGCUGCUGUUUGAGUGCAAGGAGCAGCGCAAUAAGUACGAGCGUAGUCAACUGUAUCCGCAGGACAUACUCGAUCAGUACAUAAUGCGCUGCAUAAACGCCAAGGAUGGCUUGGAUGCCUGCGGUGGCAACAAUCUCAGCAUCUCAUCCCUGCAGGAGCAAUGCCAAUUGAUGUGCUUGCAAUUGCAAUACGAGAGUUAUCGACGCGGCAUCCAUGCCGAACGCAAUCGCCGUUUGAUGGGACGUAGUCGGGACAAGCGCAGCUUAGAAAUGGAACGAGAUCGUUUGAGUGAGCAGCUGAAGAACUUUGAUGCGAAGAAUCGUGAUCUCGCCGCCAUGGUGGACGAGACAAUUCGGCAGUCGAAUGAGCGACAAAACAGCUACAAUGAUGAGCUCGCCAGCCUAAAGUCCAAAUAUCAGCACGAACUGGAGCAGAAUAAGUGUCUGCGGCAGGCAAACGAUGAUUUGCAGACGCGUCUGGGUGCUGAGAUACAGCAGCGCAAGGAGAUCAAUUACGAUGUGGAAUCGUUGCGUGGCCAGAUAUUCACAAUGAGCACCGAACUGCAGCGUGCCCAACAGCAGGCCGAUCUCGGCCAACAGUGCAAAGAGGAACUGGCACGCCUCGAAGCUGAGUUCAUUAUCAUGGGCGAGGUGCAGGUCCGUUGUAGGGAUCGACUCGUUGAGGUUGAUAAUUAUCGGGCACGCGACGAGGAACUGCAAUUGCUGCAAGAGAGUUAUAAUGCCGAACUAAAGGAGCUCAAGCACAACCAGGAUGAGAAGACAUCUCAACUCGAGGCGACCAGAUACAAACUCAGCGAACAGCAGUCGCAAUUGGCCAACAGCGAGAAGGUCAUAACGGAGCAGAAGCGUUUGCUGCGCACCGUCAAGGACGAGUAUGAUGAAAUGUUUAAGUCGGUGAACAAAAAAUACGACAUUCAAAAGAAGAUUAUUGUGCAAAUGGAGGAGAAGCUGAUGAUGUCGUUGCAGCAGCCGCAGGGCGCUGUGGGUCACACCACCUGUUCGCCGGACACUGACCGAACUGACAUUGCCUCAUCCAUGGAACGCAACUCACCGCUCUCAACGUCACUGGCAUCGAGUGAGAGCCUGUCGGCCAGCCUACGCUCGACGGAGCUAAAAAAUUUGCAGCAGCUGCUCGAUGCGCCAUUGAUACCCGAAGUACUGUGCAGCGUGGCCAGCGGCACAGGCUCCGCAGCGGGCACUAAUGUCCUCUACGAGGACAAUGCUCGCUUGCCUGCCAUCGAUUUGGCCUCGUCGGCGGGCACUGCGACCGCUAUAAACAUAAUGCAGACGACAGCGACAGCAACAGCGGCACUGCCGCAAGAAAUCGACCUGCCGACGGCAUCUAAUCACACACACACCCACACACACACCCACCCACAUUUACACUUGCAACAGCAGGAGCAGCAGCAACAGCAGCCAGCGCACAGUCAGCAGUAGGAAACUGCAGCAAACGAACACGUUUGCACUAAAUAGAAAGUACACAAGGCUGUCAAUUAUAAAAGCAAAAAAAUAAUGAUCCUUUGGAACAGGGGCAAAAAUCAACUACAAAAUUAAACAUGUAUCAAAAAAGAAAAAAAAAAAAAACAAAACAAACAAGAAAACUGCAAAUAUCUCUUCUAUAUAUACACAUACGUACAUAUGAUUUUUUUGUAAUUUUUUGUCUCCCACUACCAAAAAAUAAUUGAAGUCGGAUUUUGAAACGAACUGUUCAGGGUUUUCUCGCAUUCAGUUUAAAACUGUACACUAAAGUUUAAUAAAACGCAAACUCCGCGCAAUAAUUAUACAUAACGAUUAUAAACGUUUGAAAUUUUAACUUGUUGGCACAUUGCAAUGUGUUUUGUCGUAUACAAAUUGUAAAAAAAACAAAACAAAAAAAAUAAAACGAAAAUAGGUUUUGAUAUGAUGAAACAUUUAAAU